AUGCGCUUCUCCGCACUCUUCGCGGCCGCCGCACUCGCCGCGUCGUCGGCCCUCGCUGCGACAACCUGUAACGGCGACGCGAGCCUCUGCACCAAGCUCUACUCCAACGUCACCUUUGUCGGCGCUCACGACUCGUACGCCGUCGGCACCGGGUCCUUUGACAACCAGGACAAGGACGUCACCGCCCAGCUGGUGAGUGCAGCGGCACGCAAACCGGAGCGUGUUUGGCCAAGACCUCCAGGCGACGUGGGCGCGCGAAACGCUAGGCCACCAGUGGCUGCGCGUUUGCAGCCACCGACCGGUCUUGUUUGGCCGAGUGCUUCUCUUGGCCGCGUAGACCAGCCCUUUGCUAACCCCGCAGAACGACGGUGUGCGCGCGCUCCAGAUCCAGACGCACGACAACAACGGCACGAUCCACGUCUGUCACACCUCGUGCUCGUUCCUCGACGGCGGCAGCCUCGAGUCCUACCUCACGAGCGUCGCCACCUGGAUCACCGCCAACCCCAACGAUGGUGCGUUUUCCUCUCCCUGCCCCCCGCUGACAUCCCAGUGGUCACCCUCGUCAUUGUCAACAUUGACAACCUCGCGGCGACCGAGUUUGCGACCGUGUUCGAGAGCACCGGCCUCAACACCAAGUCGUACUCGCCCUCUGCGUCGUACCUGCCCGUCUCCGAGUGGCCCACCCUCGGCACCCUCAUUGACAACGGCACCACCCUCGUCACGUUCAUGGACAACACGGCCGACUUUUCCACCGUCCCUUACAUCAUUGACGAGUUUACCAACAUCUGGGAGGACGCGUACGACGUCACCGACCAGACCUGGGGCUGCGCCAUCAACCGCACCAGCUCGUCCGUCUCGUCCAGCACGCAGAUGUACAUGAUCAACCACUUCCUCGACUCGUACUCGACCAUCCUCGGCGUGAGCAUCUUCACGCCCAACACGGCCAAGCUCAACGAGACCAACGCCGCCACUGGCACCGGCUCGAUCGGUUUCCACGUUGACAACUGCAUCAUGCUGUACGGCCGCUACCCCAACAUCAUCCUGCUCGACUACUACGACUCGAACGGCAACGCACCCUUUGACGCCGUGGCCACCAUGAACGGCGUGUCGGCCCCGACCAACACCGUCACUGCCGGAGCCAUUACCGGCGCCGCAUCGUCGACGUCGUCCGGCUCGUCGGACGGCAUGGUGUCGACCUCGAGCCUCAAGUCGUACGCCGCAAAGCUCCCCGCCGGCGCACUUGCCUCCGUCCUCGCGGCCGCGCUGAGCGUCGUCGUCGGUGCUGCCCUCGUUUAA